AUGAUUAACGAAAACCCAUCGUCAACUAGUUUUCCUAUCACGAGGUAUUUACGUCCUGACAAAUUUGAUGUCGAACCUGAUGCUGCAGAAGCGGAUGCACAAUGGCAGCACUGGAGGUCAACGUUCGAAAGUUUUUUGAAUGAAGAAGUAAAAACUGAUUUAAUACCAGAUGCAUUAAGACGCAAGCUCUUAGUAAAUCACCUAUCAGCUUCAAUCUACAAACAUAUCAAAACUUGCGAAACUUACGAAGCCUCAAUUGCAGCUUUAGAAGGUAUUUAUAUUAAACCUAAAAAUAUAAUUCUAGCCAGGCAUAUUCUUUUUAACCGGAAACAACGUGCGGAUGAAAACAUCUCUGACUACGUAAGAGCUUUACGUUUAGCGGCAAAAGAUUGCUCUUUCGAAACCGUUACCGCUCAAGAACAUGAAGAACAAGCAAUCCGUAGCACCUUGAUCUCCGGUUUGCUUUCUCGUAAAAUCAAAGAACGCCUGCUAGAAAAUAAAAAACUUACUCUUGCCGAAGCACUUGAUCAAGCUAUUGCACUUGAAACAGCUGAAAAGGACGCGCUAAUAAUAAUCAACAGUCUUAUCGAUGACGGUUCAUCUCACUGUAGUACAAUAUCUGCCGCUUCACCGUCAAGCUUGAAAGGUGCAACUAUUCUAAUCACGGUGAAUGGUUAUAAAGCUGAUGCUCUUGUUGACACUGGCAGUUCUGUCAGUUUUAUAAACAGAAAAAUCGCGCGCCUAAUGAAGUUACGUCAAAAACCAUGUACACAGUCUGUUAACUUAGCCUCGCUGAAUCAAGUAUCGGUUGUCGAAGGUAUUUGCUUUGCCAAUAUCACCAUGAAUAAACACAACUACAGGCAAAUACCACUUCUUAUCGUCGAUAAUCUCUGCGCGGACGUGAUCGUUGGACACGACCUACUAAAAGAACAUUCUAAAAUUGAAUUUGAAUUGGGAGGUCCCCAUGAACCAUUACGCAUCUGCAACGUAAUGCAGUCCUCGGUGCCACCAGCAUCUAUUUUUACUAAUUUGUCACCUAACAUCAGACCUAUCGCCGUAAGGAGUCGUCGAUACAGUAUACAAGACGAAGAAUUUAUCAAGCAAGAAAUAUCAAAAUUACUGGAAGACGGUGUAAUAGAACCAAGCAUUUCUCCCUGGAGAGCACAAGUCCUAGUAGCGGGAGGUGGCGCUCAUCGAAAACGUCUAGUAAUAGACUACUCUAUGACUAUUAACAAGUUUACAGAAUUGGAUGCAUUCCCAUUACCAAACAUGGAAACGGUCGUCUUAAAAGUAUCGAAAUACAAAAUCUUCAGUCAGAUCGACUUAAAAAGCGCAUAUCAUCAAAUGACCAUUUUAGAUAAAGAGAAAGUCUACACUGCUUUUGAAGCCUGCGGACAACUUUACCAGUUUACAAGAAUUCCAUUCGGUGUUACCAAUGGUGUAGCAGCGUUUCAAAGGACUCUAGACUUCAUCAUAACCACAACACUCUUAUUUCGAUAUUACAGUUCAUAG